UCCAGUUCGUUGUUUUUGCGCAUCAAGGGCAUUAUUGAAAACUCGAAAAGGGUUUAGGGCUUUGGAAAUCUCACUCAUUACCGCCCAUUCCUUCCUCCUCAUCGAUUUAUCACCGCCUCAGUGUUAUAGAUAUUUUCACAAAGAGCGUGAAUUGCAAUGCUGGGAAUAAAUUUAUUCAAGCGAAAUCCAGACAUCAUACGCGAAUCUCAACGACGUCGUUUUGCUAAUGUUGAAAUUGUCGAUAAAAUUAUUCAACUUUAUGAAAACUGGAAAACUCAUCAGUUUGAGCUUGAGCAGUUCCGAAAAGAUUUCAAUAAGAUUAAUAAACAAGUUGCCAAACUACGAAUAGCCGGACAGGAUGCGAGUUCCUUGAUCAAAGAUACCGAGGAAAACAAACAAUUUACUGCAAAGAAAGAGGUGCAGGUGCUGGAAGCUCGAACUGCAUUGCUUUCGAAUCUUGAUUUGGUUGGAAAUAUCGUUCAUGAUUCCGUUCCGGUUAGCAACGAUGAGGCAGAUAAUGAGAUAGUUCGGAGUUGGGGGGAGAAGAGGGAGGCAACAAAACUGAGAAAUCAUGUGGAGCUUGUUGAUCUUCUUGGAAUUGCGGAUAUGAAAAGAGGCGCUAAUGUUGCCGGUGGUAGAGGGUACUAUUUGAAAGGAGACGGGGUUCAUCUCAAUCAAGCUCUUGUUAAUUUUGGGUUAAAUUUUUUGGAAGAAAAGGGUUACACGCUGUUGCAAACACCGUUCUUCAUGAGGAAAGAUGUCAUGGCUAAGUGUGCUCAAUUAGCACAAUUUGAUGAAGAACUUUAUAAAGUAACUGGUGAGGGAGAUGAUAAAUAUUUGAUUGCUACUGCUGAACAACCGCUUUGUGCUUAUCAUAUGGAUGAGUGGAUCCCUCCAAUACAAUUACCAUUAAAAUAUGCCGCAUAUUCCUCUUGCUUUCGUAAAGAAGCUGGUACACAUGGUCGUGACACUCUUGGGAUUUAUCGUGUUCAUCAGUUUGAGAAACUGGAACAGUUCUGUAUAACGGGCCCAAACGGUAACGAUUCCUGGGACAUGCAUGAGGAAAUGAUCAAAAAUGCCGAGGAGUUUUAUCAGAUGUUGAAAAUUCCUUAUCAGAUAGUGAAUAUUGUUUCUGGUGCGUUAAAUGAUGCUGCUGCUAAGAAGUAUGAUCUCGAAGCAUGGUUUCCGGCAUCUAGCACUUACAGAGAGCUUGUGUCGUGCUCAAACUGCACCGAUUACCAAUCAAGAAAGUUGGAGAUCAGAUGUGGACAAAAGAAGAGUAAUGAGGAGACCAAGCAGUAUUGUCAUCUGUUGAAUUCUACCCUCACGGCAACAGAAAGGACUAUUUGUUGCAUUCUUGAGAACUACCAGAAGGAAGAUGGUGUUGAAGUGCCAACAGUUUUACAGAGAUAUAUGGGUGGCAAGACUUUUCUGCCUUUCCAAAAUCCUUCAACAAACAAAACAAAAGAGAAGAAGUCAAAGGCGUAGAUCGCACCAAUUUUCAUACUUAAAUUGAAGGUUAGAUACCUAUGCAUUUAUUCCAUGCCAAUCUAGGGAUAUCUUCAUAAUGCAAAAUUUGCAAAUAACUUAUUGAGUCAGAUUUGAAUGAAGUUUGACUGUCAUCUUGGCCGGAGGAAGUAUUAUGAAAGUCCCUAUUAUUUUCUACAUUAUUGCUCCCAUCUAUUAAGUGUAUGGGUGUGAAGAAAACAAACAAACAAAAAAAAGAAACAAAACCCAAGUAGCAUGUGGUUAAUAAGGAUCCCGGCAGGAAAGAUAGAUAGAGUAUGUGAUAAUAGCUUAAUUCGAAUAGCAGUUGGGCAUCUAAAUGACACCACAACAUGAUGAGAAAAAACAGCAGAAAUUUUGAGAGGUAACUGAGAAUGAAUACCUUAGUUGGCAGCUCAAGUUUUUAGACCAAAUGAAGAGAAUGCAGGAAGCCCAUACACACUUUAUCUUUUAGUACUCUAAAAGCCGAUUUGAAAAGAAGAUCAUGAAAUUUAAGAUACUAAAACUUCCGUAACUUAUUCAGAAUUAGCUAGCAAGCCCUCUGCCCUUGGAGCAUCGACUUUCCUUGCAUCUCUAUGACAGUUGUGAAGAAUUGUAGAAUUUCCGUUAAGCCCUUGUUAUUUUCUGCGCCUGUCUUUGUUUCAACCAUGCUUGCUUCUUGUAAUUUGCAGUGCCUUUUAUCUUGUUUGGCGGCCCUAUAUCAUAUGUUUCCCGGUCCCCAAUUUCAAGGCAAGGGAAGAUUGCAUACGCCGAACCUGGCUAAUUCGCUGCUUAUUUGAGUGUUAACUUUAAUAAUCCCUGCAAGCAAUUUUAAAAGUUUGUGGUCUACAACCGAUCUAACUUGGUUUCUACAAAUGACCUUCUUAAGGUUUGUUUUUUUGUUUAAACAAGCAUGAACAAGGGUAUUACCUGCAUUAUCUUCAUAUAUCGACUUGUAACUUGAUCCUAAACACCUGAUACUCAUGAUAAGGCUGAUCACUUGAUGCUUCUUAUAGUCUUAUUAGAGGUUUGUGUGGGAUUCUGUGAAGUUACUCUAGGUUCAGUUGUGUCCUCAAUAUUAUUGUUAUGUUUAUAUCUUCAUUCAUUAUUGUACUCUGAACUCUGAAGAUAAUAGGCAAAUAUCACAGAACCAUGUUUUUCAUUGCAGAUAAUCUGUAAAUCAGAUUAUUAAGCUA